AUGCCACCCCUUCUGGAGGGUUGGAAGUACAAGUUUUUACUUGCAGGGAAAUAUCUUACCGUGAUACGUGAAUGUGGGAUCAAGGUGCAAGCUGGUCAAAAGAUGAAAUCGGUCCAUGAAGAUGAAAGCUUUACAAAUUCAUCGAAGACGCGUAUGCGCACACGAAUCGCACUCCCUUAUGCUCCCUACGGCAAGAUCAACAGCUCAUACCUCGGCUCCGCUCUCUCAAGCACCUUGCCCAUGAAGAAGCCCGCAAAAGGUGUCAGUGUCGAGGAAGAUACCUACCGUGUUCGCGAAGACGUGCGAGUUCUUGCUCAUCCCAAACAUGUGAUCGAUGCCCUUACACUCGAUUACAAUGUGAAGUUCCCGCUUUUGCUUGUCAUCUCUCGCAAAAUGAUUUGGCGUUACCAGUUUCUUUCUCGUUUUCUCUUGUAUCUCAAGCAUGUAGAACAAUCGUUCGCAACGAUGUGGACGGAACAGAAGACAAGUCCCUGGCGGCGUCUUGUACCAAACAUGCUCGAGUUCGAGCAGUGGGGACUGCGAAUUGCGCUCCUGAGAGCUCGCAUGCUCGCUUUCGUUCAGCAAAUACUAGCUUUCACGACAAUCAAGGUUCUUGAACCCAACUGGCGAGCGCUAGAGACGAAAUUGGCCAAGGUAGACCGGCUUCUGAGGGAUCACAUAGACUUUCUGGAUACAUGCCUGAAAGAAUGCGUGUUGACGAGUGCCAAACUGCUGAGGAGAUUUGUAGAGAGCCGCAGCCACCUCAAUUUUGGGCUUGUCAAUCAUGCGCUCUGCGCUGCCGUCCGGGACAUACUCAAGGACUACCAAACCCUCCUCUCUCAACUCGAACAUGCAUUCAACACCUCUCCGCAAUUCAGUCUACAGAAAUUAUGGUUCUAUGUCCACCCAACAGUGCAUACCCUAUCCCUUAUUUAUCAGCUCAUCCUCGAACUGGCUACCACGGAUGACGACAACGCCUCUUCUUCUUCCGAGUCUGAUCCGGAGCAGACGGCACGAGAUGAAGCACUUGGCCUCGGUGGGGCGAGGCUGAGGGCCGUUUUGUCUGACAUGAAGAAGAGUACAUCAGAUGCACCUAUUAAUGUGAAGGGUGGUGAAGUGCUGACGGUGAUAUACGAGCGGAUGCAGACCAUGUCAGGCGACCCCACCGCAGUCAAGGUAUACGGGACUCUUUUGACUGCAGCGGGGGUGCCCUAUGUCGAGAUGCUUCGAGUUUGGACAACUACGGGUCGUCUCGAAGACCCAUACGAGGAGUUGUGUGUCAAGGAGAGCAGUAAGGGCAUUUUAGAAGUGGAUCACACAGACGAAUAUUUGGGGAGGCGAUAUACGGUGAUUUUUCUGUCUGAGUAA